UGAUUUCUUUGACUGUAUCAGACAAAACUCCUAUAGAAUUCGUACGUUGGGGAUAGAUGGGAUUUAUACUAAAACUUAAUGCCAGGGAAACCCGCUCGGAAACAAAGCACAAUGUCUGAAAACUACUACAGAUUACUUAAACUUCUCGUGGAACCAUGCACACGUGUUCUACUUGAACUUUUGGAAACAUUUGCAAGAAAUGACCUCGUAACAGCUGGACAACCCUUUACUAGCAUAGAAGCUUAUAUUAGCACAAAGAAGACAUUUCUUAAAUCCAAACUAGGAAAGGACCAGUUUAGAACCGUUUAUCCUCAUAGUGGUGCUGUAGAUGCAAAAAAAUGGGACAUUUCAGUUUUAUGCUCUCUGUCGAUUGUCCUUUUCAUCCCACAAGGACAUUAUUUGCAUACCCAUAUAACCUCAAUAAGAUCGGAAAGGAACAGCUUGUCACAUAAAACUUCCACAACGGAUAUACUCGAUUCUGAGUUCACUAGAAUAUGGGUUGCCUUGAAAUCAAAUAUUUUGUGUGUUGCUAAUUCCGCAAAGGGUUCGACGUUUCAAACAAAGAUAUCAGAGGAGAUAGACGUCUUGGAAACAAGUGCCAUUGAUCCCGUCAGCAGAUUGAAAUUGCUAGAAACAUGGAACGAAACAUUAACAAAGUCUUUUAAUGGGAACAUGCUGUUAUUGCAAAGAAAGAUUUCGGGACAAACUGGCGUAAUGCGACAGUUAAGUAAAAGAGUGAACGUCCACAAAAGCAUAACUGUUCGUCUAAGAAGCAACUUUGAAUCAUUGGAUAAGUCCAGCAAGGUCAUGUGCAGAACAAUUAAAAAACAAAAGGUGAAAAUAGAACAAAUGCAUGAAAAGAUUGUUAUCCUGAAAGAAACGAGUGAAAACAGUUCUCUUAUCUUAAAUAAGACUGUGACGAAGAGAAGGAGUCUAAUAGGCGGGAAAAUAUGUAAAAGCAUGCGGACUGAAAACAAAUAUGAAGAACGUUUUAAAGAACGCUUUCAUUCAACAUUAGAUCGGUGUUUACCAGACGACUUUAAUCCACCAAAACAGAUAGACACCAUUGUAGAUAACCUCACAACCAGGCGCUUUGUGGUAGUUUCUGGUCAUGAAAACACUGUUUAUCUUCAAACGGCUUUAAAGGCAAUUAAAAGCAUGAAAUAUGACGAAAACAGGUGCGUUCAGCUGACAAAUGCUGCAGACUGGAUCCACAUUGAACCCGACGAAAUAAGUCUUGUGCUGUUUAAAGAUCCGUUUGGUGGUUUCUUCUUUGAUAAGAAACGGUCAAAGGUUAUGAUAGACGAGUUGGAUGAAAUAAAGGAAAGUAGGGAACGUAAGUACGAUAUUGUCAUAGUUACCCGACAAGAAAGGCUCCAUGAUGUCCACUCAACGUUGGGAUUUCGAUUACCAAGUGUUGUCGAAGUGAAAGAGCUUAAUCUUGACAAUACCAAUUCACUACAAACAAGUCCUUCUACUUCUGCAGAACCAAGAGGUAAACUCGACAAGUGCUUCAACAAUCUGACUGAACUUACAGUUUGCUACCGUAAUCAACGAAAUCCGAUUCCAGAUGAUGAAGUGAUUUCAGAACAUGUAGAAAACUGUCGUCAAAAACUCAAAGAUGAGCACUGGCUCUUUUUGCUGGGAACCGAUCAUGACCUGAUAAAGAAUAUUGCGCUUGAAAUUGCCGACUCUUACGGAGAGAAUGAGUACUUUAUGUUGACGAAUCCAGAUCACAUUUUACAUUUUGAUGUAAAACGGACAAACCUACUUGUAAUCGAACAUUUUGCCGGCAGAUACCGGUUUGAAAGCUAUAAAGCCCAUAAAUGGCUCGAAACGUUUGACCACAUAUCUGCUAUGAGUUGCAGUGGGCAGCUUGAUGUCAUUGUUACGUCGGGCCAAGACCAAAUGAAAGGAUGUGUCGAAGAAUUUGGUGAACUUCCACUCUUUAGACAUGUCAUAGAUGUUACCAAUAAAACCAAAGUUUCUUCAUUGGGCUCUACACAAAGAUUGGUGAAGAAGGGACGGAAGAAGAAAACAUCAACUAAUGUGAACUCCGUCACAGAUCUUCCUACACUGACGAAGAUGACAAAGAUGUUUUCUGAAGACGAGGGCGAUAAAGAAUGGUACAUACAGGAUAUAACUAUCGUGGAGGAAAGGUUCAUGGUGGCUAGUGACUGGGGUUCUGAUUGUUUGCGAUGUUUCGAUUUGGACAUCGGUAAACAAGUAGGACGGUAUAACAUGAAAUCCAGUCCAUAUAGUAUAACGACAUUACCUGGCAGUUGCGUGGCAGUUACACUUCGAAAUGAAGAAAUUCAUUUUAUUAAAGUCUCGCAGUCAGCACAAAUGUCGUUCCAGAGACGAAUAAAUGGUGGUGACGGAUGUUUAGGAAUUGUGUACAGCGACAACAAACUAAUUGUGUCUUACGAUGAUCCACACGGUAAAGUACAGGUUCUAGAUAUGGAUGGUGACAUCUUAAAGGUUUUCGAGAAAAAUGAUAACGGUGAACAAUUGUUCACUAAGCCUUGGGGUCUGGCAGUGAGUCCCGACAAUAGCACCAUAUACGUUAGUGACAGAGUGAUGGGAACUGUGACUGCCCUCAGCCAGGAUGGCCGUGUCCUCAGUGUUCUGAAGAACCAUGACAAUCUAAGAUACCCUACAGGUGCCACUAUAGACAAUGCGGGUCGUAUGUACGUGUGCAGUAUGUGGACCAAAACUGUGUGCAUGGUGUCCCAGGAGACCGGCACCGUAACCAAGCUGCUAGGAGAAGAGAACGGCCUGUCGUAUCCAACGAGUAUAGCGGUCUGUGAUAAAAGACGUCGUAUGUACAUUACGCAAAAUGAGAGCAGUUUGAUUCAAGUGUAUAACAUAGAAUAG